AUGAGGACUCUGAAGACAGCCAGCCUUAAGGUAUAUGGAUCAUGUGAAAGAGCUAGGAUAAAUAGAGGAUUAUUAUCAGAAAGCCAUAAAAAAUUACAAAAAUUAAAUCAAGGUUUAGAAGAAAAAAUGUUAAAAGUUGUUGAAAAAUUUGAAACUGAGAAAAAUGCUCUUACUAGAGAUAUUGCAGAUCUAACAUCUAAAUUAGUUGAUGCUCGUCUUACAAUUGCUGAAUUAGAAGAAGAAAAUGAACAAUAUAGAAAUGAUUGUAAUGUUGCUGUCCAACUAUUGCAAUGCAAACCUUCAAGUUUUAUGUCUCAUAAAUUAAACUCUCUUCCUCAUGAUUUGCAAGAAAAAGUUAAGAAACAUUUGACUCCACGUACAAAACGUGAAAUGCCAUCCCCUCAAAGUACUGAGAUACGUACUAUUAGAGUUCCAAUACCAACUUUGCCUUCAACAGCAAUGGUAUAUUCUGUGAGUGAUGUAACAUCAUCAAUUAAUUCACAAGAAGAUGUAGGAAAUGGUUCUAAUGGUGUAACUCCAGAUUAUGUAUCUGCAGCAAUUAUGGCCAAAGUUUUAGAAGAACGUGCUAAGGAAAGAACUUCACGUAGACAGUAUAAAUGUCAGUUAUGUCGAAGAUGUAAAUAUCCAACUGAUUUAAAAGAUAAAUCUACUCAGACAAAACUGUUAGCAAAAUCAUUUACACUUUGUAAAUGUAUUGAUGGAUUUUAUCAUUCACAAGAAAGAUCCAAUUGUUUUUCUAAUUGGGAAUUACCAAAUUAUCGAAUUCGAUCUGCCCCGUCCAUGAGUGUUGAAACUGAAAUUUAAGAUAUAAAAUAAUAUCACUUCAAAACAUACAUAAAAUUACCAAUGCACCCUUUUCCAAGCUUUUGUGAUGUUGAGCUUUCAACUUUAUUUUGCUAAAUGCAAUAUCACAAAUAUUUUAUAAUUCAGUUUAUAAUGGAAAUUUUGUUUUUGAAAUGAUCUCAGGUAAGUUAUUGAUAAAUUUAGAACUU